GGUGUACACCUAGUAUAACAAUAAAAGAAAUAAAAGGGUUUCUAAACCCUAAUUUUUAAACUGCUGUCUUCCAUCGCCCCUUCAUCUACAUCUCUGCAGCAGGGUUUUCAUCUCCAUUCCAUCUCUAUCACAGAUUUUUAGUCCAAAAUGGAGCACGGUUCAUAUAAGGAUCAGUCAGCUUCAACAUUUUCUUUGGCCGAGGAUCAUACACUGGCGAACGCUCUAAGAUUUACUCUCAACCAAGAUCCAAGAGUUUCAGUCUGCGGGUACAGCAUUCCUCAUCCUUCAGAGGCUCGAGUCAACAUAAGAGUCCAGACAACUGGUGAUCCCGCAAAAGAAGUACUGAAAGACUCAUGUCAAGAUUUGAUGAUGAUAUGUCAGCAUGUACGGAGCACCUUUGACCAAGCUGUUGCUGAUUUUAAAAACAAUAAUGGUUCUGAAAGCGAGUAAAUGGACAACUCUUUUGAUCUUUUUAUAUGUCUAUCUACUUACAGAUUAUAUAGUUUGAUAUUAUUUGUUAUGAAUGGUGGAAUUAUGUCUUUAUUUUUUCUCAGACAGUCAGACCCUGAUCUGUAUUCACCUUAUUUAGAGGUUACAUGUUUAACUAAUGCGUCGUUUGGUCUCUGUUUA